UCAACGGAUUAGCUUCACAAUUAGUUUUCUAAGAUGAAGAUUUUAUUUUCUGUGCUUUUGUGUCUUACUUUGGCUGUCUGCAGCCCAAUAGGAAUUUAUCGGAAUGACUUUGUCAUAGGUAAACGUCAAGAAAAUGAUUAUCUCAUUACUGACAGAAUUAUUAUUAAGCCUCCCUCUUUCAAGCCUAUAAUAAUCACAAUAGGUAUAAGAACUCCAAACAAUGCAAUAUUCACCCAUAUUAAACUCACAAAUAUCGGAAAUCAACAAAUUCGAUUUAUACCGAAAAGACUCAGUCGGACGAAUAUAGCUAUAAUAGUUAUUGGAAAAUAUGGAGAAGGAAUACGUGUACGUGUGGAAGGUUAUGCAAAAAGUAUUUUAAUAACAUCUACUCCAAGUACAACUACCAAGAUACCUAAUAAUGAAGAUAGCAGCUCAUCUAGCAGCGAAGAAAGUAAGAACACAUCUGAAACUUCUGAAAAUAGUGAAGAAAACAAUGGAAAUAACGUACCUGAUGCCGGGGAUAAAAACAAUAGUGCAUCCAAUGUCGAAGAUGAAAACAAUAGCGAAGCAGGGGAUAGAAGUUACAACUCAGCCGAAGAUGGCAAUAAAGAGAACAGCGCAUCCAAUGCCGGAGAUGAAAAUAACAACUCAGCCAAGGAUGGCAACGAAGGAAACAGUGCGUCUAAUGCUGAAGAUAACAAUUCAGCCAAGGAUAGCAAUGCACCUGAUGAAAACAGUGCACUUGAUGCAGGAGCCAAGGAUAGAAACAACUCAGCCGAAGAUGGCAAUAAAGAGAACAGCGCAUCCAAUGCCGGAGAUGAAAAUAACAACUCAGCCAAGAAUGGCAACGCACCUGAUGAAAACAGUGCACCUGAUGCAGGAGACAAGGAUAGAAAUAACUCAGUUGAAAAUAAUAAUGGAGAAAAUAGUGCAUCCAAUACCAAAGAUGAAAGAAACAGCGCACCUGAUGCAGGAGAUAAAAAUAACAAUUCAGCUGAAAGUGGCAAUGGAGGAAACAACGCACCUGAUGUAGGAAAUGGAAAUAACAACUCAGCCAAAGAUAGCAACAAAGAAAACAAUGCACCUGAUGCCAAGGAUGAAAACAACAGCGCACGCGAUGAAGAGAAUAGACAUAACAACUCAGCCGAAGAUGGCAAUGGAGGAAAUAGUGCAACCAACGUCGAGGAUGAAAAAAAUAACGCACCUGAAGCUGAGGAUGAAAAUAAUGACUCAGCCAAAAACAGUGCAUCUGAUACCAAGGAUGAGAGCAACAACGCAUCCAAUAUCGGGGAUGAGAUCAACAGCGUACCCGAUGCAGAGGAUAAAAAUAAUAACUCAGCCGAAGAUGGCAAUGAAAGAAAUAGUGCACCCGAUUCCAAGGAUGCAAGAAACAACGUACCUGAUACUGAGGAUGAAAAUAACAAUUCAGCCAAAGAUGGAAAUGGAGGAAAUAAUGCACUUGAUAUCAAGAAUGAAAACAAUAGCGCAGGGGAUAGAAAUAACAAUUCAGCCAAAAGUGACAACGGAGGAAACAAUGCAUCUGAUGCUGAGGAUGAGAAUACCAACUCAGAAGAUGGCAACGCAGGAAACAGCGCACCUAAUGCUGAGGAUAAAAACAACAGCACACCCGAUGCCGAGGAUGGAAAUAACCCAAUAGAAGAUGAGGAAGAAAACACUGCACAUGAUGCUAGGGAUGAAAAUGACAACUCAGCCAAAAAUGGCGAUGGAGAAAGCAGCAAUGGAAACAACAUACUUGAAGAAGGCGAUGGAAACAAUAGCGCACCCGAAAAUAAUGAUGGAAACAAUGCUAAUAGUGACGAUAGAAACAACGGUUCAUGGAAAUGAAAACAAUAUGCUUAAUAACAAUAGAGAAAACAGCUAAUGAUAAUGAUAGAAAUAACAAUGUAACUGAUAGCAACGACAACAA